CCGACCGUUUGCAUCCGCCCUCCUGCAUCCGUCAUCGCCACUCCUCUUCCUGCCGAAUACUCUUAUUUACAGAGGGUCAAGCCUAGGCGCAUCUCUGUUCGGCAUCCAGGCUAUGACGAAAACGACGUGCCGCUGCUAAGUUUAUAUGGGUUCGAUGAUGCUCAGGGAGGAUUAUAUUACGGCCUCUUGCACACUGCAUGUGCCAUAGUCGCUGACAAUAGAUUCGACGGCUAUCUUUCCGCUUCCUCCUUACCAGAAGCAGCACGACUGCAAGUCGUCAACCGGGACGAAAUUCUGGCUGCUGGCGAGUAUUGGUUUCAUGUCCCCGGUUUGAUGCGAUACCCCAUCGUGCCAAGCUUUCAGGACUGGACCUUUCCUCGAACCUUGCCAGAAGAGUGGCACAAGAUCCAGGAGGAAGUGGCGCCAGGUGAAGAAGGUUAUGAUGAUGACAGCCAAAAGCUUGCUAGCAUUAGGACUGACAGGACUCUGCAUAUGGCAGCUUUCGGGGG